GUGACUUGCACGCUGUUCCAUUCACUCGUAUUGCAGGGAUUAUUCCGCCCAUUCCACCCCCACAAACACUGCAACGACCAGCUUAUUACUGAAGCCAUGUCUGCUUUCACCUGCCCCGAAGCAGAAUGCCUGGUGUCUGCCGGCCUUCAGUCCCGGAUUCUCCUACCGGCUGAUGACGAAUAUGCGACCCGAAUCAACUCGUACUGGUGCAACAGCGCCAAGCUCCGUCCAGCCUGCAUCGUCCAGCCGCAGUCGAGCGCGGAGGUCGCUACGGCCAUCAAGGCCCUGGGCGCCGCGGUGCAGCCAUUUGCGAUCCGUGCCGGCGGCCACGGCAACUCCGGCGGCCACGGCCACGCCGCCAACAACAACGUCGACGGCGGCGUCCUCGUCGACCUCGCGCACCUCGCCACCACCGAGUACGACACCGCGACCCAGAUGGCACACCUGGGCCCGGCCGCCCAGUGGAAGACCGUCUAUGAAGUGCUCGAGAAGCACGGGCGAGUCGUCGCCGGGGCCCGGGAGGCCGAGGUGGGCGUGGGCGGCUUUCUGCUCGGCGGCGGCAACACGUUCCGCACUGGCCGCUAUGGCUUUUCGUGCGACAGCGUGGUCGCGUACGAGGUGGUGCUGGCCGACGGGCGCAUCGUCACCGCCGACGCGACAGGGCCCCAUGCGGACCUCUUCCACGUCUUGAAGGGCGGCGGAAACAACUUUGGCGUCAUCACCCGCUUCACCAUGGCGACCAUGCAGAGCGGACCGCUCUGGGGUGGCUAUGUCGUUCGGCCUGUGGACGUGUUCCCCGCCGCCGCGGAUGCCAUCGUCGACUUUACGGCGAACCAGCUUCCACAAGACCCGGACAGCACCCUCAACUUCACCGUCGCCCACAUGCCUCGUCUUGGUGGAAGUGCGGUGGUUACUAUCUGCACCAAUGUGGCGGCCGUCGAGGACCCCCCUGCCUUUGCCCAAUUCCGGCAAAUGCCCGAAGUGGUUAACAACAUAAAGGUGACGUCGCUGCAGGAAGUGCUGCCGUACGCCUCCCUACCGUCAGCUUACUACAACAUUUGGUACACUCUGACCUUCAAGAAUGACGCCUCCAUCAUCCUCAAGGCCAACGAGCUCCAUACACAGCUCGCCGCCGACGUAGGGGCCAAGGUAACAGACGGCGACUUCACAACCCAUCUCUCCUUCCAGCCCCUUCCCAAGACGCUCACGCAGCGGUCCAAGACGAGCAACAUCUUGGGUCUCGACACCUAUCCCUACGACGCCAUCUUGAUCCAGGUGAACGCCUCUGUCCGCACAUCGGAACUGGCCACAUGGGCGCAGCCACGGGUCAAGGCAUUCAUUGACCAACUUGGCGAGUUCUGCUCGACAGUCGAGGGCGGGCUCUGCCCAUGGCUUUACAUGAACUAUGCCCAUGCGGACCAGAAGGUCUUGCAAAGUUAUGGACCUGACAAUGUGAGGAAGCUGCGCGAGGCAGCGGCUAAAUAUGAUCCAAGCGAGGUUUUUCAACGUCUUUGUGUUGGAGGCUUCAAAAUAUCGCUGGUAAGGGGUUGAAAGCUAAUAUUAGGACCUACGCUAAAUAGCUCAUUAUAAAAUGAGGUUUAUAACAACUAUCCUUGUAUUUCAAAUCGA